AUGUGUCCUACAACUUCUGCUUUGUUAGUGGUUGAAAUCCUAAAGGGUGAUGAUAAAAAAGUUAUCAUGCAUCAAACUAGAAUCAGGAUUGGUCAUGUCACAGGUUUGGUUCUGUUUGUGAAAAAAGGGAAGGUUUUGGAAUUUGGGGCAAUGGGUUCUUCUUGCUUUUUCCUAAUAUGUGUUCUGCAUUCUGCAAUAGCUUUGACCUGUGGAGCCCUGAUGGUGUUUUAUUCCAAAGAGAUUUGUGUGUUGGGGCAUGGACCAAAGACGGCAAGCAAACUUCAAGGGUCAACACCCCACGAUCAGUUACUGAUUCAAACCUCAGAUUCCUUCUCUGGCUUGCUGUUGUUCACAAUUGGGUUCCUUGUGUUCAUGGUUGCUUGUGUCAAGGACUGGGAGUUCCAGAGUUUCUUUGCCAAAGGGUGUGUGUUUCUUCACAUCUCUAUGGCAGUGUGGAGAUUCUACUUCGGGAGGAAGCUUGAAGAUCUUGCCCAUGACUGGCCCAGACAUGCUGUUGGGGACAUUGCAUUGGCCACCUCUUGGCUCUUCUUUCUUGUGUACAUGUGGAGGGAGAAGUAUGAUUAG